CAGAACUGUCUUAGUACGUUUCAGCUUUUUAAAAUUAAAUAACCAAGCUGGAAUGCAAGACAAAGGCUUCAAUGUUUAUCAUAACCAAAAAACUGGCUUAGUGCUGAUUUAAAACUGAUAAACUUCAGUCAAACCAGAUAUUGUAUAAAAUAACUAAUAAUACUAUUGUAGAAACGAAUAUUUUUGACGACAAUUUGAGAGAGAUAAAAUAUCAGUCUAAGAUCAGACUAGACGCAGUUCAAGACAUUUGGGACCAGCAAUGGAAGGAUACAGUUACAAUCAGGACCAAAUAUACAGCGUCAAACUGCCUUUGAUUAAAACAGAGUUUAACCCAGUGGUUCUUUGCCUCUCAAUUCUCUCAAUUGCAGCGCUGGUUUGUUCAUGCGUUCUACUCGACAAUCUCGUGCCAGAGGAGUAUUCGGACGCUCUGGAAUGGGUUGCCGAAAUAUGGACCUGGUUCCAUGUCAGCUCUCGCGAUGUCAUGAUAAUAUUCAUCGCCUAUAUCUUCUUCGGUCGAUUUAAAAACGUUCGGCUAGCUGAUAACCAAGAUGAAAAGCCAGAGUUUUCAACCAUGACUAUGUUUGCAAUGGCGCUUGUCGCAGGGGUCAGUUCGCAGAUGUUCUACUAUGCGGUCAGUGACCCCAUAUCUCACUAUGACCCAAAAGAUGGGUCGAAUAGGUACUUGGCCGACCCCCAUAUUGCAGACAACACUCUAGCUCAGAUGGCGAUCAAGUUGACCUUUUUUCAUUACGGUGUUCAUGCUUGGGUUGUAUUCUGUUUGUUCGGUCUCACUCUCUCCCUCCUCGCCCACAGAGAGGGUCUCCCUCUGACUCUCCGCUCCUGCUUCUACCCCCUGGUGGGUAAAUCUGUUCACACCUGGCUGGGGGAUGUUGUGGACACUGUGGCUGUGGUCAUUGUCUUCCUCAACUUUGUCUUCCAAGUUGUCUUCUCUGCUCGACACAUGUACUCUGGACUGUAUCUCAUGGAUCUUCUCACUGACGAGCUUCCCCAGAACAAAGACUGGAUUGAGCUCUCAAUAAUUUGGACAGUCGUCGGAUGUUCUGCCUUGAUUUCGCUGUUCGGAGUCAAGUACGGCCUGUCCAAAUUCACCUUCAUUGCGCUCACGGCUGGCGCUUCUCUGGUCGUAGUCGUCUUCUUGCUCGACAACUCCUGGUUCCUUCUGAACCUCUUCGUUCAAUCACUUGGCAACUAUCUCAACUGGUUGCUGCAACUGGGAUUCCAUACAGAUGCCUUUGAACAGCUCAGUGCAAGUGCUGGUGCCAGUGAACGGCAGAGAGCUCUAGGCGCUGGACAGACAGAUGGACCGGAAGACUGGUUUGAGAACAACACGUUCGUCUUCUGGAGCUGGUGGCUCACUUGGGCGCCAUUUGUCGGUAUACUUCUCGCAAGAGUGUCCAAAGGACGAACAGUGCGAGAGUUCAUAACCUACUCUUUCAUUGCUCCGGUUGCUGCCGUCUUAGUCGGAAUCUCAGUUCUCGGAGGAGCUGCAAUCGCAUCCGAACGUCUGGCCCAUUCAUCCUCCUACUGCUGUUCCGAAAACUGGGACUCUGCCGCUCUCUCGAAUCCGGCUACGCUAACCGCCUUGUCCCCUCUGGCUUUCACAACUGCCAAUGCAGCACCUCUUUGUCAAGCGGCGACUUGCAACACGUGCUCAUUAGCAACACUGACUAAAUAUAUAAACUUGGGCUCGACUUUUGCUGUAUUCAUUCCUAACUUGCGGGAAUCGGAUCUCGCGGGAUCUGCGGAAAACAUUGCGGAUGGGUUUGAUUACAUUCAAAACACCCGAGGACCUUCACCCGAAGACAGUCGUCGGGAUGUUGCGUUGCUCUCUUGCUAUUCGGCUGACAAACGAAUGAUUGCCCUUUUAAGGACAUAUUUCGAGCUAGACGAAGCCCUACAUGGUCUUUCACUCUUCGCGAUGUUUGCAUUUGCAGUUGUCAGUUUAUCUUUUGUCGGUUAUGUAAUCAGCACGAUUAUUGCAGCUGGAAAGUACGAGCCCUCUCGCGGCAUGAGCGUGAUUUGGUUGAUUUUGAUUGGCGGAACAAGUACGGCGUUGGUUACGAUUGAAGGCGAUUACACAAUAUCUGAUAUUGCAAAUGUAUCGUAUGUGCUAAGCUUCCCAAUGUCGAUUUUGUCGGCGGUCAUGAUGAUCGCUUUGUAUCGCGCGUUACGCGUCACAACUGGUGAAGUUGACCACAAGUCGGCUACAUGGCGUGUCGGCUUUCUCGAUUUCUGCACAGUUGCAAAAGUGGAUCCAAUUAUGGGUUGGUUCCUAAACAUUUUCACUGGACCUUAUAACUCCUCCAAAGCCUACUGUGUUGUUCGGAACCUUAACAACAACCUUGCGUUGGUGAUUUCGGCUUUUUUGUACCUUCUGCUUAGUGGCGCAUCAGCUUUGAACGCUCUGCGUUAUUACAUUGAUGGUCUGUGGGCAUUCGGAUGGCUCUGCUACCUGAUAUUCGUGGUUGUGUUGGCAGUCCAAAGGUCGCGGGUUCGAUCCCAUCUCGACUACUAUGGAAGCGGAUUGGAGGACUUUUUUGCGUGUCUUUUCUCCUACCCGAGUGUGAGCCAUCAGAUGGAGCUGGAGUUGAAAAACGGACUGAGUUCUCACACUGGGGGAGUUCUGACUAAUUACAGAGAAGCAACAAUUGAUACAAUCGACAGCUCGAAGACCCAACGACAAGCACCGAGGCGCAGCAACCGAGUGGAGCCGGCAGCCGAACCACCACGAGAGCCAACUCCCCCAGCCCCAGUGCCGAGACAAGUGACCCCUCCGACUCCAGUGGCCUUGUUGCCCCCCGCCCAAAAUGAAGCACCACCGAGAGAGGUGGACGCAAACUUGCGGAGAGGACAGGGCAACUGGGCAAACUUCGCCUGAUGAAAUUGGACACAAAAACACGUUCCAGAAUUUUAUCCAAAAAAAUAUAUUUGAUAUAAACCUAAUAACUUAGCUGUAGAAAUUCUGCUGAUGUAACCAUUCUUUCUGACCAAGGUACUGUUUCUGACGAAUGGAAAACUUCCGGGAAUCUACUUAUUAGUUUCAGUUUAACUUUCAAUUCUAAUUUUCUAAUUG